AUGUUCCUCAGUGCCUCCAUAGACCAGCUCAAUACACAAAUGCAUACCGCACUAUCUAAUGGCCGUUCAUCUACGUCCUCUUCUUCCACCCAUGACACAAAUUCCACCUCUGGUUCCAGUCGCACCGGCACCAGCCUCGACACCCAUUCCACCUCUUCCACCUCCUUUACUUCAAAUUCAAGCUUCGCCUCUGGCACCCUCAAAUCCCACAAUCGACCUUCCAACUUGACCAUCACCGCCAUAGGCUCUCCACCCCCCAAUAGCAACUCCCCACCGUCCGAAUCUUCUCGGCCUGCCUCUCCCUCUCUUCGCAAACCCGGAUUUUCACCGCCAAAUACGCAUCAUAACGGGAAUGGAAAUGCCAAUCAUGCACCAGCUCAUCCGAGUGGUUUGCGAGCACAGAUAGCACAUCUCCUUCCUCGUCAUGCUCUCUUCCAUGUCCGGCUUACCAUACACCAGCUCAGCAGCGUACCAUUUGUCAGCGGUGAAUUUGGCGUUCGGUGGAAAUUCAAGGGAGUGUCUACCCCAGGGAGGGGUGGGAUUUUAGGGAAGGUUAGGGGCAAGGGUAAAAUAAAGGCGCGAAAAGGAACGAAAGACGUAGAUGGUGACAAACAGGGAGAGGCGAACGGAAAGGGGAAAGAUAAGGACAGUGACACAGAUGGAGGGGGGCGGGACACAGCUAGCAUUAUAGACACAUCAUUAUCCGAAGCACACAGCAUCGCCAACAGCACUCCCUCAAGAGAUUCGCACUUCACAAUACCCUCCGUCGUCGUGUCCGCCAACAGCCCCAUAUCGCCUCCACUACACAACCCAAGGGCGGUGAGCUCUGCAUCGACCGCCAGUACAUCCUCCUCAUCUUGUCGUUCCGUAAAUAUGACGAGUACUGGUCCUAAUACACAUCCAUACGCACAAUAUCUCUCCGCCGAAUGGCUACCACAGUCCUAUCUGGACUCACAACGCGAUACUCUCCCCACACCAUCACUUGCCGCCACCACGCCACCCUCUUCCUACGUUGGUGCCAAAGGCCAGACGUCUUUCGUGCACCUCAAGGACCACAACAUUAUCUGGGAACGAACUCUGGAUGUCGUCCUGCAAAUGGGCAUCGGUAGGGAAACCAAUGAGCUGGCUGAUUGCGAAGCCAAACUUGUCGUUGUUCAGCGCGUUAUCCCAGGUGAUCCAGAUGCACCGCAGAAUCCGCGUCUUGGCGCAGUUUACCUCAAUCUCGCUCAGUACGUAGAUGCAGGAUCUGUUACAAGGCGAUACCUCCUCCGCCAAAGUAAAACCAACGCCACCCUAAAACUCACGAUCCAACUCGAACAAGUCGGUGGCGAAUCCUCCUUCACGGCACCUCCUCUUCCAAAGGGCGAGAUCCUAGGUGGCGUAGCAGGCCUAUUAGAGAACGACGUGUAUCGCACGCGUCCUCGCAUGCUUGACCUGUACGAUCGCUGCUCCUCGGACUCCUCGCUCUCCUCCGCUUCGUCCGCCAGUGGCGCCUCGAAACGAAAGAAGAGAAAGAAACCAUUCGACGUGGCGCGCCUGCCGCAUACGCGUGGGCCUAGGGGCACGGAGAGCAUGAUCGAUGCUCUGUUCAACCCUCAUCCGUCGACUUUGAGAAAGGUGACGCCGUUCACGUAUUUUACAGAACCGCAGUCGUGGCGUGAUGGCGCGAAUACCGUACACCCGUCGAAACAAGGUGACGAUGGUGACGACGACCACGGCGAAGAGGACGAGGAGAACUAUGGUCGCCCUGGCGAGGGCGACAGCUGGAAUGACACCACGCGAGAGUCGUCUUACGCCGACUCUCUCGAGGGACCCGGAGAAUCCGAGAGCGACUACGCGAGCAUGUACACCGCCCCUGCCUCUGCGUCCGCCUCCGUUUUGUCGUUGCGCAGCAUGCGAUCGAUGAGAUUUCCAGGUGGUCACCAUCAUCGUGUGGAGAAGGAGGCGUCGAGUGCGAGUGGUGUUGAGGACAAACCACGGUCUUGGUGGCGCAAGAUUGGGAUGCUUCGUCCUGGGACGCCUACGGGGGGCGCUGCGCCGCCGUUUUCUACAUGAGGCUUGUUUUUGUCACUCGUCGCUGGGAUGGCGGCGGGUGAGGGGUGUUGAUACUAACGGAUUUUUUUGCCUUUUUCUUUUUUUUUUUUUCUUUUCCUCUUUCUUUGGUUGUUUUUUUUGCUUAUAUCUCAUCUUCUUCAUUGCAU